AUGCCUCCUCCUGGUGCAUGCCUGAACAUUAUGGAGGCUCGUCACAAGCAGAUGGGAUAUGGGAGCAUCUCCAACCCUGAGAAGUUCUUUAACCAAGACUUCAAGAACCUGAAACAGUACUGUCUAACCAAAGGAGUAAGGUACCUCGAUGACAUGUUCCCCCCUGAUGCAAAGUCUGUUGGCCAGGGGAUACUGAUGCCCUCCGACCUGGCCCACGUGAAGUGGCUAAGACCUGCGCAAAUUGCUCCUGAUGCUGAAUUUGUGGUUGAUGGCGUCUCCAGAUUUGACUUUGGUCAAGGUGUACUUGGAAACUGCUGGUUUCUUGCAUCAAUCGGCGCACUGACUUUCCAGAAUCACAUUUUUGAACAAGUUGUUCCGCUCGACCAAAAAAUCAAAGAGAACUACUGUGGCAUUUUUCACUUCAGGUUCUGGAGAUUCGGGCGGUGGGUGGACGUCGUCAUUGAUGACAAGUUGCCGACGAUCAAUGGCAGACUAAUCUUUGUUCACUCCAAAGAUCCAAAUGAGUUCUGGCCUGCUCUGCUGGAGAAAGCUUAUGCCAAGGUUUGUGGUUCCUACACCGACAUGACUUCUGGAACUCCUUCAGAGGCUGUGAUGGAUUUCACCGGUGGCGUCCACAUGUGCGUCCAGCUGUCGGACGCCAGUUCAGACGUGUGGGGGCUGAUAUGCAGAGCUGGCAAAUCCAACACAUUGAUGAGCUGUGGUACACCUCAAGGGGAAACAUCUGCUAACACAGUUUUGCCAAAUGGACUGGUCCAAGGGCACGCCUACACUGUAACAGGGGUUAAAGAGCUUAUUAGCCAAGGAAAAGUUGUGAAGCUGAUCCGUUUGUGGAACCCCUGGGGCAAAGGAGAGUGGGAAGGAGACUGGAGUGAUUGUUCUCAAGACCGCCAAAAGUGCCUUUCAGUGGCUGAUGAUGGAGAGUUUUGGAUGGCAUUUGAAGAUCUCUGUAAGUUCUACACAGAUCUUGACAUCUGUGGCCUGAAACCAGACUUCAUAGAUGGAAAAUCCUCUGCUCAGUGGAAGACCUCUGUGUACGAGGGUCGGUGGGUUGCUGGAACUACUGCUGGAGGCUGCAUAAAUAACAGAGACACUUUCUGGACAAAUCCACAGUAUCGAAUUAAGGUCGUAGGUGAAAACUCAGAGACCAAUGGGGAGAAAAACAUCCUAGUGUCUCUCAUGCAAAAGCCUGACAAGAGGAACAGACGCCUGGUGCAGAACCUCCACAUUGGUUUUUCUGUGACCAAAGACGUAAGAAGCUAA